GGGAGCAGUGUUAAAUCGAUAGCUUAGUGUCACUAUAAACGGCCCCAUUAAGCAUAUUCUGUUUGGGAGAGUUUUCCCCCCAAAUGCUAAUAGUAAAGAGUCUGUUGCCUGCGGACAUCAGUAAUUACAGCCCAAGAAAGCCGCGUCCAGCCAGCUGCAUGGUUUGAGCAAUGUAGUGCGGCGAGUUUGUGCUGCCUGCCUGAGAGAAUCCAUCACAGAAACAAACCGCCCCCUCCCACUCACGGUGCCCCCGCUUCAGAUGCAACUCAAAAUACAUAAAGCCUCCAUGUUGCACAGGGAAUGUAGGGCCAGCACAUAUGAACCGACUGCCUAAAAGUGUCUGGUAACUUUAACGCCGAACAACCUGCGGUCGUUGCAUUUUUUUUGAACUAGAACAACCAUCUGGGCUUCCAAGUAUUUUCAGCGGUGCUCCAGACACGGCCUCGCAUUUUGGAUAAUCGAAGGUUUGCGGCUAACUCGCUAACCUAAGCUACUUGCUAACUUCAGUUAGUUAGCAAUUUCAGCUUCUUUUCUAUUUAUUUGUUUUUUAUAGUCACGCACGCUCCUCGUGUUGCCCACAAACAUAGUUGUUUGUAGCGAUGGUAGUUUUCGGAAAGCCAUAAAUGACAGACAUUAUCUGGCUUCCAUUCACCACUGUGCUAGCUGGCUGGCUACCACCGCUGCCACAACCCCUUCGCCUCGGACGCUUUCCUGGCUUCGUGGGCUAGCUGGUUACCUUCAUCUUAAACAGCUAGCUAACAGUAGCUAGCAAAGGAAGCAAGCGCGCUUGUACUAUUGACAUUGUGGGAACUAAAACAGGAAUAACCAAUCGUCUAAAUGGACCACAUGUCCAUAAUAACCCAAGUUUCUAACCCCAAGGAGGAGGAAAUAAUAUCAUUUAACCAGGAAAAAGCGUCCCAGUCAAACAGCAGCCUAAAGAAGCAGAGGAGCCGAGGCAUCUUCAGCACGUUUUUCUGCUGCUUCCGCAACUACAAUGUGGACUCUCCAGCCACCAACACCAACGCCAGCUCCCCGCCUCCACCAGUUGAGGAGAACGGAUCGCCUCCCAAGUGUGACCAGGUCGAGGUCAUCCCUGUCCCUAGUCCGCCAGCCAAAUACCUCCUACCAGAGAUGAAAAUAUCUGACUAUGGCAAAAAGUGUGUGGUGAUUGACUUGGAUGAAACACUUGUCCACAGUUCAUUUAAGCCUAUCAGCAACGCUGAUUUCAUUGUCCCAGUAGAGAUCGAUGGUACAGUUCAUCAGGUGUAUGUGCUGAAAAGACCACACGUGGAUGAGUUUCUUCAAAAGAUGGGAGAACUAUUUGAAUGUGUGCUCUUCACAGCCAGUCUUGCCAAGUAUGCAGACCCUGUGGCAGACCUGCUAGACCAGUGGGGCGUGUUUCAAGCGCGGCUCUUCAGAGAAUCCUGUGUUUUUCACCGAGGCAACUACGUCAAAGAUCUUAGCCGGCUGGGGCGAGAACUCCACAAUGUUAUCAUUGUUGAUAAUUCACCUGCUUCUUAUAUUUUCCAUCCAGAAAAUGCUGUCCCAGUUCAGUCCUGGUUUGACGAUAUGAAUGACACAGAACUCCUGGACCUGCUGCCUUUCUUUGAGGGACUCAGCAAAGAAGAAGAGGUUUACGGAGUCCUGCAGAAUCUAAGGAGCAGGUAGCAGGACAGCCCACACUACCGCCUGUGCCCACCAGUCUCCUGUAUUGAUCUCUGUUCCUUUCUACGACCGUAUCUCUCAGACUUGGGCAGAUCCUCCCACACUAAGGGGACGCCUUGGAGUCUCACUGUGGAAAACAUCAUAACCCUGUCUCUGAUCUCAUCUCCUGGCGACCGGCUGCCUUCUGAGUGCCAUCAGAAAAACAAAAACAUUCAAAAUCCCAGGAGCACUGUGUCUCACAAAAAUAAUAAAAACCACACCAGAAAGUAUGUAGAGUGUCCUAAGCUGAUAAUAUCGGGGACAAAAUACUAAGAGGAACGAACUUUAAUCUUUAUUUUCAAAUCAACCAAGUUUUACUAUUUGGUGAAGUGCUUAUUUUAAACGCAAGGAAAAAAGAAAAAAAAAAAAAACGACAACAAAAACAACUUUUUGUCUGAGACUUCUUUUGUGGUACCACACAAAAGUCUGAAAAGAUUUUGUCCUCAUAUUGUUGCUAUGCAGGCAAUUUCUGGUAGUAGAAAGGACUGUGAUUCUCUUUUCAUACUUAAUGAAGUGCCUUGUGUGACUGUUGUUUAUAUGGGGAGAUAUUUUCUACAUGGCAUAUUUCCAGAGUACUCUGGUCUUUUCACAUACAGAUAUGCUUUAAAGUGGACACACAAAUAUCUUUAUAUGAAAGUUUGAAUUCACUAUUUUGUUUUUUUUGGUCAUCAAACGCUGGGCAGUUGUCUCAUAGUGUUCUUCUGUUUUCCCAGUAAGCUUGUGCCAUUAUAUAGAUGUGACUUUGUUUCUUUCAGCUUUCAUUAUAAGUAGAAAUGGUUGAUUUUGUUUUAGGAAACGGAGGAUGUAUGCAGUUGCGACAUUCACGCCCCACCUGCAGCAAGUCCAGUAGUUCUUUGCGCUUGAUAAUUUCAUCUGAAAGCUCGGCUAAAAAUGUGCCAUUUCCUUGUCUUUUUUUUUUUUUUUUUAUAAUUUGCCAAAUAAGGAACUUUUCUUUCUUUUCUUUUUUUUUAUUUUUUAAACAGGCUUCAUAUCCGUACCAGGGUUGAGCUACAACUGUUAGUCUAUUAGUUGUAAGAAUAACAUGAUAGGUUUUAUUAUUUUGACAAAUAGAUGUCAAAUUUGUUUGUUUUAAUAUUACAAGAUCAGAUGGCUAGCUUUUAAUCACUUAAAAAAAAAAAAAAAGCUUUUGUGUGUGUGCAUGCACACAAGUGGUGCAGCUUCACCCUUAGAGGGCAGAACUUCCUCUGAAAUUGUACACAUUUGCAAAGGUGUUCUUUAGUGUUUUUAAACUGGUCCAGGAUCUUACAGCAAAUAGGUUGAGUGCCAUGUUUUCAGUUUUUCCAUGUCAUCAGUGUCUUUACAGAAUAGGGUUGAGUGUCAGAGUCUGGACAGUGUUUAAAUCACACCAUUCCCCUGAUGUACAGUGGUGGCCUGCCCUUGUCCAGCCCUCGUAAUUAAAAAAAAAAAAAAAAAAUCGAAUGGAAAUGCCACCUGUGGCGUUUAUUUUCCCAGACUCCUUUUUUCCCCUUCCUUUUUUAAACUGCUCUUCACCUCAGUGCCUACAUAUGAGAGGAGCCCAGCAAACCGAAUGCUGCAACAUUAGCUUCCAUGGCAAUAACCGCUUUUAUUUUGGAGGGGGAGGGUGGUUUGGGCACUUGGGUUAGAGCACUUGAAUAAAUUAACCAGUGAGGGUUUGUUAAAGUAAGACCACUGUAACAUUCACUGUCCACAUGAGUGGAUCCAGAAACCGGACAUCCAUAUAAUAUUUAGAUCUACUAGUUUGUUUUUUGAUCUGGUGACAUGUAAGUGUUGCAGUGCUGAAACAACUUGAAUUUUGAUUGGUUUAUCUCAGAAACGGUAGCCAAACGUGGUUACCUGUGUCUCUAUAGUAAGAAACCCCUGUUGUGGAGCAAAAGGACGCCUUCCAAGCCUGCAGAUGGGUGCUCAGUCCGGGCCCAUCCAGACAGCCCCCUCCUCCAAAAACAAUGUUUGGGUCCAGCUCUAAAUGAAACACUACUGGGGCACUGCAUCAGGACUGUGAACAACCUCAUCAUGGCAUUAAUGCCUUACUGCCUGUGGAGGCACAAAGCAAUGUUUCUUCAUUAUUUCCAAGGUUACACCUCCCUGUUUUAGCAUCAUCUCUCUAGUAUUUUCUUAUGGAGUGCGAAAAGUGAUCAGCCAUAUAUGUAGAGCAUAUUUGGCUCUGGUGGGUUGUGUAACAGUAAAAUGGAGCAUGUGAAAAGCUCUAUGGUGCCAUCUAGGGAUUGUUUGCCUCCAACAAACCUUUACUGCUUGGUUUGUGGGUCAUGGGGUUUAUAUUUAAGAGACACUAAUAAUUUCCAACUUUAUGCCCCCAGUUAAAAAGGCUGCUGCUCCUUCAGACAUUUUCAUUCUCUUCGCAUAAGCAUUUGUGUUGCGAGUGUGCAGCUCACGAUGGUUUCAGUGCAAUGUUUUUGUUUUUAAAUAAGGAGCGUUUGGUCUUCUCAACCUCUCAAUGAUGACCUUUCUCUGAAAAUGUUGUUUGUAUCAUUGUGAUAUAUUUUUCUACCUACAUGUUGUCAGUAUUUGGGUUUGAAAAGUUGCAUAUUACCCAUUAUAUCCAGCUUUUUGUUCCUAUAUCCUUUCAGAUCGGUAUUUUCCUGCUCUCUUGCCUUUGGUAAGAAAAAUAAGUCAGGUCUCGUCCCACCUAUCGGGACGAUUGUGAGCAUGUGUGUGUGUGUGUGUAUGUUCGUUCAUGUGUGCUGCCUUUCACUUUUCCUUUUGUCACUUCACUCAUAAUCACAUUCUUCAUUUUGUAUUAAGUUAACACCAAAGUUCUAAAACACUUGAUUUUAUUUUAUUUCCUCACUUUUUUUUUUCCUACUUUGGCAGCAUGUCAUUCUGAGCAUCACCUUCUCCCCCUUUAUUUUCUUUAAUAAAUGGCUUCAUUGAAACAAUUUUGUCAUGUCUUUUUUUUUUUUUCUUCUUUUCUUCCUCUGCCCCCUGUCACACAUCUGCUGUGGUUCAUGAAUUAAGGCCAAAGAUCCUCACUUCAGUCUGGUGUGAUUGCGGUUUCCACCAUCUCUGAUGUACCUCAUAUGGUAUGUUUACUGAAAGUUGAGAGAGAAUGUCACAGUUUUCUGUCUUUUACAGUCGACCUGAUUUCUUUUUACCGUUCCUUUCAGACAUGUCACAAUAAAAGCACAUUUUUUGGAGGAUUGUUGCCUGUCUUCUGUCAUCAGACUAACACCAUCUGUUUCUGUUUUGUCUUAGUGAGCUGGCAGCGGUGGGUUCAUGUUUUCUUAUAACAAGCUGAAAGAUGGUAACGGCGUGAUUAACCUUUGGGCUCUGCUAACCUUGUUUAGGUACUACAUGGUUAACUCAGUUUGUUUGGUAGUGUACGGUGGAUAUUUAGAGCUUUGACUAACAAAACUGCCAGUCUGGCAACAACCAAACGCUCUUGUGAAGCUGAUGACGGUGGAAAGGAUAGCUGUCUGUUGGAAGAAGCCCUGCGAUGCGUUUUUGUACAAACUAUUUUUGAGCAACUUUACACAAUUAAGAUGUAAAAUAACUCCUAAAGGUUUUCAUUCAACAGGAGCUCUCAGUUUGUGUGCAUCGUUGCUGUGACUGUUUACAUAGGGUGUAUCCAAAGUUCACAAGGUAGUUUCCUUCUAGGGAAAGGCAGAUGUGGCUCACUGCAAACUGGUUUCUAGUAUUGUUUGCAUAAAAUUAAAUAGUUCAUGAAGAUGUUUCAGCCGGAGACUGGUAUAUACAGGUAUCGUCGCUGUCACAGAGUCGGGAGAUUGGGGAGGUUUAUAAGGACUAUAAUGCUGCAUCAUUCAUUGUGGCUCCACUGGAUGAGGACUGUUAAGUCAUAGAUGAAUACAGUGCUUGAUGAUGAUUGUGUUUAACAUUUUUAUGUGUUCAUAUUGAUUUACAAAAAGAGGCAAAGUCAAGAUGUUACAUGAGAAAUCAUAAUGGAUGACUAAAAUUACUGAUGAAAACAGACUAUAGCUUUCACAUUGGCCUGUGCGUCUCUAAAAGUCAAAAUUGUCAUUUGGAUGAAAAGGUUUUUU